GAGCUAUGAUUAACUGGUGUAACUUUGUGAACUUGCAGUGGAAUUAAGGUGUGGAUAAGGGCUUGUAGACGAAAUAUUGAAUAUUUCGAAGGAAUAAAUCCUGUACUGUUUUCGGAGAUUUAAUUAGUGUCUCUUGAAUGUAAGGUUGAUAAAAAAUGUUCAAAAAGAAAAAGAAGCCAGAGAUAUCUGGCCCCAUCAAUUUUGAGCAUCGUGUUCACACUGGGUUCGAUCACCAGCAUGGUCGCUAUGUGGGUUUGCCCUCACAGUGGCAGGGAAUCGUUAGUGCGGAGACUACAGAUAGGAGACGACCCAUGAUUGACCCUUCCAGUAUCACACCAGUAGAAAUACAACCUCUGAAGACAAUUAUCAGAGGAAAUUCCAUGAUGCAAGUAAAUGGUGCAAAUUCCAAUGGUACCUUUGGAGGUAUAUCAGUGGCCAGGUCAAACUCAUUAAGAAAUACCAGUCCACCGUCUCGCCGGAAAUACCAGCCAGACCAGAACUACCCGCCUGUGCCAGAAGAUGGUCAUAUGGGCCAAAUGGGGAACAGAGGUCCACAAGGGGGUCCACACCCUCAGUACCCAGGGCCUCCCCCAUAUAAUAGAGAAAACAGGGACCCGCAUCAAGAACAGUAUAAUAGACGUGACAAUAGGGACCCUAGAAACUCUAAUAUGUAUCCAGAAAAAAAUAAUCAUCAAAGAGACAUGAGGGAUAACCAUUAUCCUAAUGACAGAUCUGAUUUCAGAGAUGGAUACCCAGACGGAAGAUUGCAGCCACCAAGGGAUGAUUAUCGGGGUUCACACCCAAAUAGUAGGGACCAGAGUUUUGAACAAGAUAGACGGUCCGAGGACUCCUUUAGGAGACUUAAUGACUCUCAUGAUAGUAGAGAUAUGAUGAUGAGGAGAGAUCCUCACGAAAUGUCACAGCCUCGGCACAAUCAAAUGCCCCCUGGCGGGCGGAGUCCACCACACCAACAGAUGCAAGGUUACCCUGACGAAAGGUUCAAUCAGCAAUACCCUAAUGGAACGUUACCACGGCAGCCACCACAUCAAAAUAUGCAGGGAUAUAAUACUAUGCCUAAAAAUCCACAACAUCAGUAUGAUCGGGGACCAGGAGGUCUGCAGCACAGCCCUGGUGGUAAAAUGUCCAAUCUACAGGUACCUGGAAACCAGUAUCAGCAGCAGCCCCCACACCCUGGCCCCAGAGGCCAAGGACCCCAGACCCCACCUAAAUCACCCCAGCACAAACCUUCCCCAUCACCCGGACCAUUCCCAGAGCAACAGCGCCUUUCACAUGAACAGUUCAGAGCAGCAUUACAAAUGGUUGUUAGUCCUGGUGAUCCCAGGGAUAACUUGGACAAUUUCAUCAAGAUUGGAGAAGGUUCUACGGGCAUUGUAUGUAUAGCAACAGAGAGGAAUUCUGGGCAGAAUGUUGCAGUUAAGAAAAUGGACUUAAGGCGGCAACAGAGGAGGGAACUGUUGUUUAAUGAGGUUGUGAUAAUGCGUGACUACCAUCACCCACAUAUUGUGGACAUGUACGACAGUUUCCUCGUUGGUGAUGAACUUUGGGUCGUCAUGGAGUUCUUACAGGGAGGAGCACUCACCGACAUUGUUACACAUAACAAAAUGGAUGAGACCCAGAUUGCCACUGUUUGUAAAGCGUGUCUGAAAGCCCUUGCAUUUUUACAUUCGAAUGGAGUAAUUCAUCGAGACAUCAAGUCAGAUUCAAUACUCCUGGCGCAUGAUGGCAAGGUAAAAUUGUCCGACUUCGGAUUCUGUGCACAAGUAUCACAGGAGCUUCCAAAGCGUAAAUCACUUGUUGGUACUCCAUAUUGGAUGGCUCCGGAGGUCAUUUCAAGGUUACCUUAUGGACCAGAAGUAGAUAUUUGGUCCUUGGGUAUAAUGGUGAUAGAGAUGAUAGAUGGAGAACCUCCUUUCUUCAACGAGCCCCCACUACAGGCCAUGAGGAGAAUCAGAGAUAUGCCCCCACCGAAAAUAAAAAAUGCUCAUAAGGUUUCUCCACGACUACAAGGAUUCUUGGAAAGAAUGUUAGUGCGAGAUGCCUCUCAGAGAGCUACUGCAUUUGAACUUUUGCAACAUCCCUUCUUGCACAACGCUGAUAAACCAAGUUGCUUGGUAUCAUUAAUGAGGAAUUUUCGAAACAGCCCUUGCUGAUAUGCUUUCAUACAUGUGACACUUUCGGAAAAAGCUGAAAACGUUCAAACAUUGUGAUGUUAUGCCAGUAUAACAGACUAGCAGAUAAACAUGUCACUUCACAACAGAUAUGAAUUCAAAAUUAUUCAGGACCUAACUCUUAUACCCUGCAGCAGUUGUAAUUUCUAAUCAAAAUAUCAGGAGCGUCCAAAGCAUAUGUUUGUGUAUCAAAAGAGCUACAGUAAUCAUCAGAAAUUAACAUAAUGCUACUUUCGGUAUAAGCGGAUGAUAGAUGACAAGCUUGUUAACAUGACAUACAUUCAUUCGGAGCUUACAAAGGAGUUAUUUUCAUCAGUUAUCCAUUCCAUGAUUUUUCUGUCGGAGAGUUUUUUUGUCACAUCCACUAAACAUUUAUGACAUUGUCAGUGAAAAUAACAAUUAAGUUCGUAUAAUUUCACUGUGUUUCUACAUUUGGGCAAUGGCUCCAGGACAGUCUUUCCAUACAAUUAUAAAAGAAGGAUUGAGUGAAGCCUGGCCACUGUAAGACUUCAUAAUGGACAUCUGAGGAUAGAAACAGUUCCUGUAUGCUAAUCAAGAAUGGUGCUUAUUUCAAUCAUAUCGAAUGUGCUAACAUAUCGCAAUACCAUUCUUGCUUGUAAUUUUAAGUUUUUUUUAAUGGGAAUUCUUGUCUUGUACAUUUUGCUGCAAAAGCAGUGUAUUCAAACAUUCAGUCACAUUUUUUACAAUCUUUAUUUCAGAUUAAUAUUAUUGUGAAACUUGAUUUUAUUAUUUACCGAAUUUUGAUAUUUUUCUUUUCGGCAGUUGUGAACCUCGAGUAAAUUUUUCAAAUCGGUUAGUGUUCUAACAAAACCUUCAGACUCCCUAGUGGAAGACUGUUUCGCAAGGUAGACCUUUUUCAUUACUCUAAGUUUGACCAUUUUAGCCAAUGAUCUAUAAAAUAUAACCUAGCAAGGGUUUUCAUAAGAUAAUGGAAUGAACUCUCCUAAAAUAUCCAGACAACCAUAUGAUUGGGACAUUUCUGCACUUUACUAAUAAGCGUCUAUGCAUUUGAUAUAUGUUUUCAAGAAAAAACAGCCAGUUUCGAAAUCAUUGUCCAACAUUCCUUUUCGUUUUUUUGGGGUUUUUUUUUGUGCAAAAAAAAAAAGGUUGGGUACAAUAGGGUUGUGAACAACUUUAAAAAGGUAUUUAUUAACAGGUAGAUCAUUUGAUUCAGUUAACAGUGUUUUUAUGUACUUUAAACGCUGUGAUGUCCAUUGUUAAUGUACAGAAUUUUGCAUUUUAUUUUAUAUUUUUUAUUAUCACGUUUUCAUUGUAUAUAUCAUUUUCCAUUGUAUAUUCUAUCAUUUGUAAAUACCAGUUAGUUCUAAAUACGCAUUCAAGUUAUUUUUUAUAUACAGGUCUGUCAGUUUUUGUUAUAGAUUCUUCCUUGUCUGUUUUUAUCCCUCAUACUGUUGCCUAAUUAUAGAUUCUGCUGUUUGAUGUUGUGUUUUAACUUGAAACAUAUCAAGUUGACAACAAAAAAUCUCAGUAAUUGCACAUUUUAUACAUUUUUUAGACAAAAAUCUGAUUUUGAAUUACCUCUUGCAGAAUUUGUAUUGAUUUCCUGAUUGUUUUCUGUUAAUUAGGAACAAACAAAUACCAGAUGCUUUUCUUUUUCUCUACACCAUUGCAUAUGGGAAAAAUGUUACAAAUUCCACUUAUUUGGUGAAGAACGCUGCUCCACAUAUUUGAUUGUCAGUUUGACAAAUAUUAUAGUUUUGACAUCAUCUGACAAAAAUGAUUACCUUGUUAAGUUAUUAGAAAACAAACUCGAGCAGUAUGUAAGAAUAAGUACACUCUGCAUAACAACUGUGUUCCGAAGAACAUUUUAUGUUUGAGUUUUGGAAUUUUAUUUUUAUUUUAACGAUAGUUCGUGUUUUGUGUGUGUUUACGACCUGUUCUCUGUUCAGAUUGAGAACUGAUAUGGUAUUAAAGUGCUGUGUCUUUAAUGUUUUAUUUAAAGUAGACAACUAAUUUGUUACACCAAUGUGUAAGAUAUGUUGGCCAUGAAAUAUAUUUCGUUUAAAAAAAAAAAACAUUAACCUUUGUGUGAAAAAAAAGAAGAUUAAACGGUCUAUGAAAUUAUUUAAGUGUAUUAUGAGACAUCAUUUUAUUGCUUUUAAACAUAUUUUUUAUGCAAAUAAUACUGCCAGUGUCUUGGUAAUAAUAUUUCUUAGAAAGCAGAUUUAAUUGCCUUAUUUAUUAAAAAAUCUCACUGUGUAAUGUCUAGUAAUAUCGAAGAUUGUUAAAUAGUUAUUUGUUACUCUGAUACGACUAAUUUACUAACUACAAGGUUAUAAAACUUGAGUUUUGGAACCAGUCUCAAAAUGCAAACAUGCUAUUGGUCAGUUUCACUGCAGUGCUCAAAAAGAACCAAUCAGAGUAUUAAAUUUUAAGACUGGUUUUAAAACUAGCUUUUAUAGCCUUGAAUCAUGUUUGCUCACAAAUGCAUAAUUGGAAGAAAAACUUCAUUUAUUUCAGUGUAUACAUAUAACUAAGUAUCCUGUCCAUAGUUAAUCCCUGCCAUUAGAUGUCUUAUAUCGAUGUUGAAGCGUUUUUCUGUCACUGUAAAUAUGUACAGCACCCAACGUGGCAUCUAGAGAUAUUAAAAGCUUAUGAUGAACAAAUUUAGUAGUUUCUGACCAAGUUUUUGUAAAUAGAAGUUUAUUUCUUUCUACUUUAUUACAGAUAUAUUCCACGUCUCAUCUUAGUUUAUAAGUAGAUAAGCAUUUAAUGUAACUUAAAAGUAACACAUUUUAGGUGUUUUGCUUACUAGUUUUAUUUACUACACUGCUUUGCAUUGCAACAGAAAUGAGCAUAAGUUGCACGUCAGCCAGAUUGAAAAAUUAACUGCUUGAUUUUUUUUAAAGACACAAAGGCAUCUGAAGGGCUAAAAAUACAUUUUCUCAAAAAAUAAUUAUAUCGGUGAUAUAUUAAAAUGUUACUCAGUAAAAAAUAAAAGUUUAAAACAAACCAGUAAAUCUUAGCUGGGACUGUUAGAAAGUAAUAAAAUGGCUAUGUCCCAAAAUAUAUAUAUCUGAAAAUGGUUUUCUUGAUAAUUGUUUUCAAAAUCUUAUUUUCUUUUGCCCAAAAUUAUACUACCAAGAUUAUAGGCUGCAGAAUAAACGAAAAGGCUAUGGCUUAAUAUUGAGAUGUAAGGGUAGUUGAACUUAAAUGUAAGGGUGAAGAUGGGGGGUAUUUAAUUUUAUUGAUAACACUUGAAAGAAUAUAAUUAACCCAGUGUUGCAGUCGAGUCAGCUUGAAAUUCAAAGUGAACCCCAAGUAGCGAGGAGCUGUAGAAGUUUUUUAGGCUUCAUGUAGUGAAGUUAUACUUUUGACAAUUCUUCACUGUGUUUCUUAAAAGAUACACGUUAUACUUAUUUUUAUUGAUUUAUUUAGUAUUUAGGUUGAACUUAUCAUUUUGGGAGAAAUUCAUACAAUACAUACAAUGUACCAGUAUGGAUUUCAGAUCUUUAUUUAUUGGCCUAACAUUGUGAUAGUAACAAUAUUAUAAUUGAGCCGUGCCAUGGGAAAACCAACAUAGUGGCUUUGCGACCAGCAUGGAUCCAGACCAGCUUGCACAUCCGUGCAGUCUGGUCAGGAUCCAUCCUGUUCACUAACGGUUUCUUUAAUUGCAUUAGGCUCUGAAAGCGAACAGCAUGGAUCCUGACCAGACUGCGCGGAUGCGCAGGCUGGUCUUUAUCCAUGCUGGUCGCAAAGCCACUAUGUUGGUUUUCCCAUGGCACAGCUCAUAUGGUAUGCGGAAAAAAAAUACUUAUAUUUGACUUGUUACUCAUGACUACGUACUAAUUACACUAACUUGGUUAAGGUUAAGCAAAGCAAAGUUUUUGGAACUAUGAUUAUGUAUUCACCACCCGAACUUGGUUGAAGGUUAGGUGAUAGUUUGAAGCAGUGACUAGGUACUAAUCCUACUAAAUCAAUUAACAUUUCAUGAGAUGCAGUUUCACAUUAACUUCUCAUGGAAUAUGGUGUAGCUCAUUUGAUAACAUACUUAGUUUAAAUGGAUUUCUUAUUAUUACACAUUAGAAGGUUAUGAAGAAAAUUUCUAAUUAAAGGUAUGUCUUUCUUUUUUCUAAUGCCGUAUUUGUCAACUCGGCGCAAAAAGUGAAUAAAUGCUGAGUUACGUUAAUGCAGUUAUCCCGUUUUUGUGCUAACUUGAUGAAUUAUGAUACAUAUCAAGCUUCCAGUUAUAUUCUUCUUCCUUUAGUUUUAUUAAUACCAUAUAUAAACAGGUUGUUAUUUAGACAAUUUGUGUAGCCAGCUUUGUAUGCAAGUUGUCUUGUUAAACCAGUUGUGGCAAAUUUUAUAUUUUAAAGCUAGUAGUGUUGAAAAAUGUUUUUAAGCAUUCCAGGAAGACCAUUUGUAUUUUUUAUGUAAAUAUAUAAAACUCGUUUUAUAGAAUCACAUACAUUGUAUAAUUGACAUUAUACAUUAUGUAAAACAUAACUUUAUAUACAUUCUAUACCAGAUGGUUAUGGAAAAAAUAAAUAUUUUAUAGCAAUA